CGUAAUUUGAAAAACCGCAGCCUAACGUCUCAUUUCUUCCUUCCUUUCCAUAAAACAAACGAGCAAAUCCCAAACUUCCGUCCAAAUCCGCUUCCCUCACUCACAAGCAUUUUCACCGUUGAAAAUCUCUGUACAUCUUCCAUCUUCCAUGGCUGCUCCGACUCCAGACCAUCUCGAUAGAUCCGCGGCGAGGACGGUCCCGUCGUUGAGCGGGAAGGUUCGUGUAGUGGCCAAAAUCCGGAAUUCAACGGAUUCUGAGGUCUUGCCUGGGAUGAAGGCUCCGGCGCCGUGGAUUUCAGUCAACAAGCCUAAUGGAGAUGAUUCUACCCGCGUGUCUUUGACCUUGGGAGAGAAAUCUGGCAGUUCUAGAGAGUGUUACGAGAUUGGUUACUGCUAUAAAGAGACUGAAGGCAAUGAAGAAAUGUUUAGAAGAGAGGUGCAGUGUCUAUUAUCCGAAGUGUUCAACGGUCGCAGUGUCACUGUUGUGGCUUGCGGAGCUAGAGGUUCUGGAAAGACUCAUGUCAUUCAGGGCACUGCAGGGGAUUUGGGUUUGGCAGCCUUAUCUAUGGCCGAAAUACUACGAAUGGCUGAGGAAAGUAACAAGUUCGUCGGGAUGUCAUGCUACGAAAUCGUUCAAGAGCAUGCUUAUGAUCUGUUGGAACAAAAACCGCAGGAAGUUUCAGUGUUGAAAGAUGGCCAAGGACGAGUGCAACUCAAAGGACUAUCUUGUGUCCAAGUGAAGUCGUUGUCUGAAUUUCACAAACUAUAUCGUAGGCAAAGCAGGACCAUGCGUAAACCAAAUCAAAAGAUAACUCAGUUACUCCCUCCAAGAAGCACAAAAGGGUUGAUCUUUUACAUAUCAUCAGAAGCCGAUAAGUUGGCCAGUGCUCCUGUUGGCAAGAUCAAUUUUGUGGAGUUAGCAGGUUAUGAGGAUGCAAAAAGAAAAAGUGACGUGAGUAACUUCGGGGAGAAUGCGCAGAUUAACAAGUCCAUCCACGCAUUCAUCAAAGUGGCGUAUUCAUUACAUCUCAAUGAAAUUCAUGUGCCAUAUCGAGAGAGUAAGCUUAGUCGGAUGUUGGAAGAUUCACUUGGAGGGAAAAGUAGCAUUCUGAUCUUAACAUGCUUGAACCCCUUCUCCUGCCAAGACUCGAUGAACAUGUUAAAGUUAGCUUCUCGUUGCUGCCAAAGUAAUACUGCCAGGAUUGUGGUGGAUUCUGCAAGAAAAACAGACAGCACGGCAAGAUCCAAGGUGUUUGCUUCACAUAGAAGCAGGCUACCUGGGAGUGCUUCCUCUAUGAGGAAGCAGCCAACUCCCUCCCAUUUUCCUACUCCUGGUAAGAAAGCCAGUGGAAAUGCUUCUGCACUGAAAGCAAGGAAAUUGUUUGCUGACAAAGGUCAUGAGAAACCUAAUAAGGUAAAUGCCUCUGCAACUGUGUCAAGAACUGAUUCUUCUCUGCCAGAAGAGACAAGUUCUUCCAUUGGCUUGAACACUGGGAUUUCUGCACAAGAAGAGGAAGAGCACACUUCGAAUUCCAUCAAGGAUAAUGUGGUUCUGGAAGCUUCAUCGUUAGAACUAGAGAAUACUCCUGUUCCGUUGGAAGAUGCUCUUGCUUCCCUUGAGGUAUCAAUGGAGCUUGCCAAAGAAGACGAGCAUGUGAACAUGAUAACCCUGGGCACUACGACAUUGCCUGUGGUUGAUGAAGUAGGUCAAAGUCUAGACAAUAUAACACCAGCCACUACGACGUUAUCAGUGGUUGAUGAAGGCCAAAGUCUAGACAAGGAGAAUGACAUAUCUCUGGCUAAUGAUGGUGGUUCUCCACCAAUCAGCUUGCGGCUGAAGGAGAUCUCAAACAAUUUGAAGCAGCUCUACACUUCAACCCCAAAGCAGCUCUAUACGUCAACCCCAUUGUGCACGGUGAUGCCCCCAACCAAUGAUAUUCCUCCUCAAGAUCAGUUUACAGCUGCUUCCGCGGAGCCAAUGACCCCUGAAUGCAAUAUAAGAGAAGUGAAUAAGAACUUGGACAUUGCAAGCUUAUGCAGCCCCUGGGAGAAGUUGAAUAGAAGCAAUUGCGGUGUGAAGAACUCGGUUCUUACGGAAUACCUUAAAUUUUUCAACACAGCGAACAAGGAAGAUUUGAAGAAACUAAAGGGGAUCGGAGAAAAACGUGCAACAUACAUUAUGGAAUUUCGUGAGGAAUCGCCUUUUAAGGAUGUAAGUUACACUGUUAUGUCUCAUAGCGACCUUGACGAGUUAAAAGAUGCAGCUGGCCUCUCAGCUAAGCAGAUCAAGGACAUGGUGAGCAAGGACGUAUUGGGAGGGCUGUUUCACUAAACUGUUGGCUAAGUUACUCAUAUCUGUUGUAGUUUUUAUUGGCAAUGCAUAAAGUUGCCCAUUCUAGUUUAUGUUUGUAGCUCAGCUUGAAACAAAUGGAACUACUUCUGCCCAUAAGCAUCAAUAUUGUCUGAAUGUCAUUUCUCAUUUCCAAUCAUGGAAGUGCUUCUACCCGUAUUUGUCGUCCAAUCAUAGAAACAAGUUUGUGUGCAUUUCUUUAAGAACACAGAGAGCAUGAGAAGCCUUAAGAGAGCAAGGGUUGCAUUUCAGGGAGCCUCCUGCGUCUACCGUUAUUGUUUGAGUUAUCUCUCAGACCACUCCAUGGCCAACAACACCUAUGCCUCGCCUUAUGACGAACUCGAUCUCUGCUUUCUGCUGCUUCUAGCUGUCGGCUUAGCUCUUCCAUCCUGCUACGGAAUUGGUUCGCCCUGCUAUCAGCUAGCUGCAAAGACUGCUCGGCUGCUGCUUGGGCUGCCAUUGCUGCACCUGCAAGCUCCUCUUUCAUCUUCAACUUGCCAUCAGAUAUCUGCAGAGCAGCCCUUGUCUUCUCCAAUUCUAGCUUCAUGAUCGCAAUCACUUUAUCCCGUUCUGCAACCUCUUUCUUCCCAGCUUCCACUUCCAACUCACAAGCUUCCAUCCAUCUCCCUGCCUCUGCCUCUGCUUCUCUGAUUUCCGCCAUUAGUUUCUCUACAUUCUGUGCUGAAACCCUGCACCUAUCCUCCAGCUCUUGUAUGUACACCGCGGUUUCGGCAAUGCUCUGAGCUUGCCUCUCCGCCAAGCUCUGCAGCUGCUCGCAGUCUGAUCUGACAGUGGGAUAGCAAAACCAGCAAUCAAGCCAAAAGCACAUUGUCUAGCUUGAUGAAGAUUACAUCGCUUUCUCAGCUUUACCUAGAAUCCUCCAGUGAUCU